AAGGGAAAUGGUGACCUCAGUCGAUGGGACUGAGACUGUGGGUGAAGCUGCUGGGACCACACCCUAUGACUAUGAGGGGGCACUGCCAUGUGAAAAAAGCAACAUCAAGGAGCUGGGGGCUCAGUUCCUGCCCCCGCUGUAUUCCCUGGUGUUCACGGUUGGUCUGCUGGGCAAUGUAGUGGUGGUGGUGAUCCUCACAAAAUACAACAAGCUCCGGAUUAUGACCAACAUCUACCUGCUCAAUUUGGCCAUUUCCGACUUGCUCUUCUUAUUCACUCUGCCAUUCUGGAUUCACUAUGUUGGGUGGAAUGAGUGGGUUUUUGGCCCCCAUAUGUGUAAGUUGCUCUCUGGGCUCUAUUACAUGGGCUUGUACAGCGAGAUCUUCUUCAUCGUACUCCUGACCAUAGACCGGUAUCUGGCCAUCGUUCACGCUGUGUUUGCCCUUCGAGCCCGGACGACCACUUUCGGUAUCAUCACCAGCAUCUUCACCUGGGGCCUGGCAGGGUUAGCAGCCCUCCCUGAAUUUAUCUUCCAUGAGUCCCAAGAGGAGUUUGAACAGACUUUCUGCAGUCCUCUUUACCCAAAGAAUGGAGAAAAUGCCUGGAAGUGUUUCCAUGCUCUGAGGAUGAAUAUCUUGGGUCUCGCUCUGCCUCUGCUCGUUAUGGCCAUCUGCUACUCAGGAAUCAUUAAAACACUGCUGAGAUGCCCCAGUAAAAAAAAAUACAAGGCCAUCCGGCUCAUUUUUGUCAUCAUGGUGGUCUUCUUUGUUUUCUGGACACCCUACAAUCUGGUUGUCCUCCUCUCAACUUUUCAAAUGCACCUGGAGACUGAGUGUGAGCAGAGCAGACAGCUGGACCUGGCCAUGCUGGUGACGGAGGUGAUCGCGUACACCCACUGCUGUGUCAACCCCGUGAUCUACGCCUUCGUUGGUGAGAGGUUCCAGAAGCACCUCCGCCACUUUUUCCACAGGCAUGUGGCCAUCUACCUGGGCAAAUUCAUGCCAUUUCUUCCUAGUGAAAAACUGGAAAGAGCCAGCUCUGUCUCCCCGUCAACAGGGGAGCAGGAACUCUCUGCUGUAUUUUAGG